UUGGGGGUUCGCAUUGGUUGUUAGGGGCAAAAGCGUGGUGCUUCCUUUCAGUUUAUCAUGAAGCCCCAAAGCAGCAAACCGAAUAGUGCACCCAGCUGGUUCGCCGAGUUCUGCCAGGAGUCAUCUAUCCACGGCCUGCCCUACGUGGCCCGCAGGGAUCUCCACUGGAUGGAACGCCUCUUCUGGCUGAUGAUGGUCGUGGUCUCGGCCUACUUCGCCAUCGGCAGCUGUCUCGCCCAGUGGGAGCGGUUCCGCGACAACCCGAUCGUCUACGAGUACGAGUACCUCUUCGCGCUGCGCAAUUUUCCCUUCCUCGGGGUCACCCUCUGCACCAACUACGAGACCCAGAAGGAGGUGGAUGAGGUUAUACAGGAAACUUGGGGAGUGAAUCCCGCAGAAGACCCCUCCAAAGCAGCUUACUAUGGAAACUUUCUUCGAGUGCUUAAUCGAUUGCAGUACGACUCCUUGGACCAACUAAAGCCUUUUGAGAAUGAUACUAGUUUGGACAACUUGCCCUACGUGGCUAUGCUGCUGAAGCUGCAGGAGAAGGUUCUUCCACCCAAAAAUCCUGCUGUUUUAGCCCCGAUUAUAACGGAGGUUGGUUUGUGCCAAACCAAUAGCCAGCUAACCCGGUACGGAAAUCCUUACGGCGUACAAGAAGACCUGAAUGUGACGGAAAUAAGGCAGUGCGGCUUCUUCAGCGACUGUCAGAUGGCGGAGAAGCCGUUCAAUACCAUCAUGACCCAUUUGUUUCUGUACCUCCAUGAUGUUAAUGGAAUUAUGCUGCCCCAUGAUGUUCGCACUGUUACGUUUGAUGGCAAGGUGAAAAGUUCUUACGUUCUGAGAGUACUCCUCCAUUCGAUAUCGGCGGAUAAAGAGGUGCGAAAUCUACCGGUGGCAUAUCGCAAAUGUCGCUACAGUGAUGAAAACAAUCUCAAGUACUUCAGUCCGUAUCAUCCGAGUCUCUGUCGAUUGGAGUGUCGGAUCAUCUGGGCCCAGAGCUUGUGCCAGUGCAAACCCUUCUUCUACGCCGCAGCUCCUAAAGUUCCAAUUUGCAACAUAUCUGGAAUGCUUUGCCUAGCCCGCUCUGACUGGCUUAAAAAACACUGUGACUGCUUCCCGCUGUGCCUAGAGAAUACAUACAACAUCAUUGGCCAGGAAGAACAGAGUGGGGGCGACAAAAACUACAAGGGCGAGCAUUUCGAGCGGACGACGAUUAUCAAACUAGUUCUUCCCAAAAUGGGAAUGAAGCGGAGGGUCGUUUUUAGCACGGAUCAGUUAAUAAUGUCUUUCGGAGGAGCGAUUGGACUUUUUCUCGGAGCCAGCUUUAUGACUAUAUAUGGUCUGAUCUACUUUUUUCUCACUUUUCUAAUUCCCAAAGGAAAAAUAGGGAAAGAAAACUAACCUAAGGCACUUAAGGGAUUUAAAACCAUCCUGGAGAUCAGUGUUAUUAACUAAAGAUUAUUGUCUGUGGAUUAAGCAGCUAUCAAACACUAUUACUUGUAUUAUCACUAUAAUCGGCCGUCCAAGUAGUGACGAAUUGCAAUAAAAAAUGGGCAUUAAACGGCACGCAAACUUAUAAUAGGCAAUAUUUUUACUAUCGCGAAUGGUUAAAUAAACCUAAUUUUAAUUUGGGGUUUUCAAGAUCAUUUGUUGGAAAUACAUUUUUUUUUUUAAAUUCAGUUAUUAAUUUUUAAUUAAGUUGGUUUUUAUGGUAGUUUUAUGAUAAAUUAUUCAGCUUUUAUGCUUAUUUUUCCUUUCUUUUAAGCUUAGAUUGUCCUAAUUCCACCGUUUAGUCUCAGCCAUUCCGACAACGGCACUGUUUGCAAUUGCUGCCAAGACUUUUGGUAAAGCUUCAGCGUGAGAGCUCUAAUACAUACAUACA